CUGUGUAUAUUUUGAAGUGAAAGGAGUGUGUAGUGUGGAAAUUGUAAAGAAAAUGUUAUUCAACUGCCGAUUAAUUUUGUUAGCGAUUUUUGUAUCUGUGGACGGGUUAUUUUUACUUGAAGACAAGGAGCCGUUUUUCUUUUGCUUAAAAAUUUGCCCACUUUACUGUUCCCCGAGGCGCAGUGACGAGGAUGUCUCAUCACUAAUCUACACAGACGAUGAUCUGCCCCCUUUCAUAUACGACCACGAGCCUGAAAUAAUAUACCCAUAUCGUCACGGUCAUUCUUACUUCUGCAAAUUGCCGCCAAAACCGACCACAACCACUACGACAACUGUAAAGCCGACCACUGAAGAACCGACGUUUAUUUGUCAGCUAUGUAUGAAAAAGUGUAACAAAAAGUCUGGUUAAUAAUUCGAUUAAUUUAUGUAAAAAGUAGGCAUAGUGCAGUGGGGCAAUUGAGUAAAAGAGGUAUUUUUGAUUUUAUCCGAGUUCGGUAAGAAUAGAAAUUACGUUUUUUUAAAUACAUAUUUUUGUUACGUGCCAAAAUAAAUGGAUUUACCCCUUUAUCCGCAAUAACCCAAGUUAGUACACGACGUUAGUUAUCUUUAGUCGAUAAAAUUAGAGUAUGUAUGUAUUUGGAAAAUGUGUUACAUUUUUCACUGUGUUCAUUUGCAACACAGUAUUUUUAUCACAAGGAACUUAGAAUUUUAUCCGUGUUAUUUAUUUUACGUAUAUUUCCAAUUUAACAGACAUUUACUAUGAAAUUUCAUGAACAAAUCUGCUUCGAAAAACCAAUUAUGUCGUUCUUUGAGCAAGUACAAAUUCUAAAAAAUGAUGAAGUUUUACAAAAUCGUACCUACGCGUAACAUUGAUGAAAGUUCGACGAUUAUCCGGAUUUUCCAUUAACUUUCCAACAAUUAAGGAAGUGACAAGAACAUUAUUUUGCGGGAACAUUACAAUGACGAACUGCGCAUUGUUCAAAUCUUAAGAUUUAGGGCCUAUUGUUGAUGGAAUGUAAUAAUUCUCCCUUCAUAAUUUUUAAACGUAUUAUCCAUCAUUUGUAUUACAAAAUCCAAAUAUAUAUAGAUGUGUUUUUGUUUAUUCUAUUGUUCCAUAAGACGUAGGUAAAUAUAUUUUAUUCCGCCAUUGAUGUCUGCCUUUAACAACCACUUAGAAUUUUAUGAUACGCGAUUAUUUUAGUUCAUCAAUUAACUUCUUAUCAAAUGUGUCUUACAAAAUACGUAUUUGUUUUAAUUUACCUGAAUUUUAUAUUUGUUUUCUACUAUCUCAGUA